GUACGAGGAGGAGUUGGUAAAUAGUGGCGGAGUAAGAUGGCGGCGGUAGUAGCGGUAUUGCUUUGAGGGGCGGGGGGUUAAAAGAGAGGGAAGCGGAGAGUGUGGCCGUAGUGCGGAUGGCGGGGAAGCGCUGAGGAGCUGCGGCGCCCAGAAGGGGAAAGACCAAAGAAGGGCUAGGAGCGAUCUCAGACUGAGGGCGGCAGCCAAAGCCCCGAGGAACGGUGUCAGUCAGGUGGAGCCCCCCGCUCCUGUCGCUUUCCCUGCUCGGUGGCCGUGGCUGAGGGACGCGUCUUCUCUAUGUCGGACAAUCAAAGCUGGCACUCCUCCGGCUCCGAAGAGGAUCCCGAGACCGAGUCUGGGCCGCCUGUUGAGCUCUGCGGAGUGCUCAGCAAGUGGACCAACUACAUCCACGGGUGGCAGGACCGAUGGGUGGUCUUGAAAAACAACACUCUUAGCUACUAUAAGUCUGAAGAUGAAACAGAAUAUGGCUGCAGGGGUUCAAUCUGCCUGAGUAAGGCUGUUAUUACACCCCAUGAUUUUGAUGAGUGCAGAUUUGACAUUAGUGUAAAUGACAGUGUUUGGUACCUGCGCGCCCAAGAUCCAGAUCAUAGACAACAAUGGAUAGAUGCAAUUGAGCAGCACAAGACCGAAUCUGGCUAUGGAUCAGAAUCAAGUUUGCGGCGCCAUGGCUCCAUGGUGUCCCUUGUGUCUGGAGCAAGCGGGUAUUCUGCAACAUCCACUUCCUCAUUCAAGAAGGGUCACAGCUUGCGUGAGAAGCUUGCAGAAAUGGAAACCUUCAGAGAUAUCUUAUGCAGACAAGUUGAUACGUUGCAGAAAUACUUUGAUGCCUGUGCAGAUGCUGUCUCCAAGGACGAACUUCAGAGAGAUAAAGUGGUAGAAGAUGAUGAAGAUGAUUUCCCCACAACACGCCCUGAUGGGGAGUUUUUGCAUAAUAACUGUAGUAAAGAAAAAUUGUUUCCAUAUGUAACGCCCAAAGGAAUCAAUGGUAUCGACUUUAAAGGGGAAGCUAUAACGUUCAAGGCAACAACAGCUGGAAUCCUUGCUACACUUUCCCACUGUAUUGAGCUAAUGGUAAAACGUGAAGAAAGCUGGCAGAAAAGACUGGAUAAGGAAAUUGAAAAAAGGAGGAGGAUUGAAGAAGCAUACAAAAAUGCCAUGACAGAACUUAAAAAAAAGUCCCAUUUUGGAGGGCCAGACUAUGAGGAAGGUCCCAACAGUCUGAUUAAUGAAGAAGAAUUUUUUGAUGCUGUUGAAGCUGCUCUUGAUAGGCAAGACAAAAUAGAAGAACAGUCACAGAGUGAAAAAGUCAGGCUACACUGGCCAUCAUCUUUGCCACCUGGUGAUGCAUAUUCUGGCGUGGGGACUCACAGAUUUGUUCAAAAGCCCUAUAGUCGCUCUCCUUCCAUGUCUUCCAUUGAUCUAGUCAGUGCCUCUGAUGAUGUUCACAGAUUCAGCUCUCAGGUGGAAGAGAUGGUGCAGAACCACAUGACAUAUUCACUACAGGACGUGGGGGGUGAUGCCAAUUGGCAGCUGGUGGUUGAAGAAGGUGAAAUGAAGGUGUACAGGAGAGAAGUGGAGGAAAACGGUAUUGUUCUAGAUCCUUUGAAAGCCACACAUGCAGUCAAAGGAGUUACAGGGCAUGAGGUCUGCCACUAUUUCUGGAAUGUUGAUUUUCGUAAUGACUGGGAAACAACUAUUGAAAACUUCCAUGUUGUGGAAACCUUAGCUGAUAAUGCAAUCAUAGUCUACCAGACACAUAAGAGGGUAUGGCCUGCUUCUCAACGAGAUGUGUUGUAUUUGUCAGCUAUUAGAAAAAUACCAGCUUUCAAUGAAAAUGACACUGAAACAUGGAUUGUCUGCAACUUCUCGGUGGAUCAUGACAGCUCCCCUUUGAACAAUCGAUGUGUUCGUGCCAAAAUAAAUGUUGCUAUGAUUUGUCAGACAUUGGUGAGCCCACCUGAAGGGAACAAGGAAAUAAGCAGAGACAACAUCCUAUGCAAGAUUACAUAUGUAGCGAAUGUGAACCCUGGGGGUUGGGCACCAGCUUCUGUACUACGGGCGGUAGCAAAACGAGAGUACCCCAAAUUCUUGAAGCGUUUCACAUUGUAUGUGCAAGAGAAAACAGCUGGCAAGCCUAUUUUGUUUUAGCAUUAGCAGUGAUUGGAACGAGGCUGUGUGAACAUUCCACGUUGGAGAAAUGAACCAAAAUGAAUGCUCCAAGCUGGAACGUAGGAUCUACAGUCUUAGGGUCCAAACCUAGAUUCUGUACUCAACGGAAUAAAUACUGCAAUGCCAUGAACUUUCUACUACUAGCUCACCUUGCUGAAUCAGUGUGCAAUUAUAAAUACAUGUGUUGAUACAUGUAUAUGGCUCUACUUUUUUUUUUGCUUGCUUUGGAAGAGAAAAAUACAACUUUGAGUCACCAACUUGGUUUAUUGCUUUAACUUUUGAAUAAUUUGAAAGCUUUUGUUUACUGUGGAACUUCAGAAGAUACUUGGCACAGCUCUUGUUUUUGUGUAUGUCUAAAAAGCACAAAGGACAAUGCACAUAUAGCAUACUGUAUGUGCUUUAUAUGCACAAAAACCUGUGUGUUGUAGCUUUUUUCAGGUUAACAGUAAACUCCUUCCAGAACGGUUUUUGUGUUUUUGCUUUGUAUAAUCAUAGUUCAUUGCUGCUGAUUUCUAUGAUAAAAAAUCAUCUUGUUAUGUAAGGCAUCUCUUAAUACGUGAGGGCUGUCAAGAUCCUUAUGACUUUGCCUUUUCUAUGGUCUUUCUCCUGUGAAGACCUUCUGGUUCUGAUGGAGAAAGUGUGAAAAGCUUUAUUUUUUUUUUCAGAUAUCUUUAUAUUUCUAUUGUAUUUUUCAGUUGUGUAAUAUGUGCUACAGAAAUUUGGUUAAUGUUCAUGAUCCAGAAAUUUCUAACUAGAUGCUGCACAAGGGGACGAUGUGACUGCCAGAACACCUCCCACGAGGACUUGCCCUUCUUCACGCAGCACGGGACUGCCUCUGGGGGUUCCUGAAGCUGCAAGGAGUUACACUGUAAUAUUUAUUUGGAGCAAAUUGGAGUCGAUAAGAGAACAUUCCCCGCCUUAGAGAGCAAAUAUGCUUUUUUUCUGACCCUGCAUGUUUUUUUCUCUGUUGAAUAAAGCUGUGCUAUGAAGCUCACGUACAAAAUCAUUCACGCAUGCAAUAUUCGCCCCAGCAAUCUGAACUAUCAAGAGUUGUGAAUAAAAACCACACAUCCCAAAUGCAAAGUUCCCCUUAGUUGCUGUGAAAGAACUUAACUUUCCAAGAUCCACCCAUCUCUAAUAUCAAGGAAUAACAGGAGGGGUGAACUGUGAGAAAAGACAGGUAAUCCGUUGAGGAUGAUGCCUCGCUUGGCUGUUGUACUUUUUAAAUGGAGGUUAUUGACAAAAAAAAAACUUUAGCUGGUUAAUCAGCUUGUGUGUAUAUAUAUCAUGAGAGAGACAAGAUUUGGAUAUAUAUAUAUUUUUAGAAAGAAAGCAUAAAGUCUUAUUUCAUAUAGAGCAGCUGAUGCCUGAAAACAAAGAUGGUACUUUUAAUGGAGAUUCAGCAGAUUACGAUCUUUGAGGUCAGGCAUACUCUGGAAGCAAAUGUCUUAGGAAUGGUUGGGGUGUCUCUAGUACACUAAAGAAUGCACAACACUUGACUUUUACGUACGUGCACACAGAUUUCAUGCUUUUUAAAUCCCCAUUAUUUGCCUUUCUUUAAAUAGUGUGCAUGGAAUAUGCCUUAUUAUAAAAUAACUGUUUGUGAUUUGAAAAUGUAGAAAAGUGCCUAUGGAUAGUGCUAGUAAGGCAAAUGAGAUGAAAAAAAUUAGACCUCUUUACAAUAUCACCAGUAAGCAUUUUAUAUAAAGUUGUUUAUACCUCAGAUGUGUUUAAUCUUCUACAAUCAACUGGUUUAAAACGAAAACUGUGUUCAUUCACCUUAGCCACUGAUGGGAACUUCAACAACAACAAAUGCCUAGACCCUAAAUGCAAAUUUGUCAAUUUAAUAUUUCUGAUAACUAUCAUGGAUACAUGCAAGAAACUUUAAUUUAAUUGGAUAGCUUUAUUUUACAAAGAGAUGGAAAGUUUACAAAGCGGUAUAUAUAUAUAUAUAUAUAUAAAAAAAUCUAAAUAUCAUUAGUUGCAUUUGCACUAAAUGUGAUGUAUUUUGCAAUUCUGUAAAUAAAAAUUACACUGAGGAGACUACUGUAAAGAAUACAUCUUACUUUUGGACCAGUGGUGUCACUUUCCUCGAUCUAGUCCUGCCCAAUCAAUCAUCAGAGCAAGAGCCUGAGCCAGGCAUAAAGCUCCUCCCCCCACCCCCCAAGAAGCUUUCAGUUCAGAAUGUGCUGCAUAAUGUUGUGCCCUUUCAUCCAGGACAGAACUUUUCUUCCCCACCUUUUCAUUGGCUUUCUUAAUUUGGUCAUUCCCUGUCUAGCAGAACGAGAAUUUCAGUUAUUGGUGUGUGUGUUUUUCCUUUUGGGCCCUUUGAAAUGACUGAUGUUCCAGUACUGUGUUUGCAUUAACAUUUUGUGAACCAAAUAAUCAGUGGAUGCACAGCAGUGGCAAUUCCAAGGUCUUUCACCACUUGAGGCAGCCAUGACUAUAGCUCCCACCUUUCUGCUGCUGCCCACCUGCCUCACUGCUGCUACUGCAGUAGUAGCCACCCUCUGCAUGCCUCACUGUUGCCACCCCAGAAAAUAAAUCCUACUUCCCUCCUCUUCGUUGCCUACCCUCUUUAAAAAUAGUAGCAAAGUGCCUGUUUUUACAUCUCUUUUAAAAUAACUGCAAAAUGCUCUUGCAAAAUUAUUUCCCUUGCCAGCAACAGGCAACUAGAAAUAAUAGCCAAACUCUUUUAGAAGGAGGAUUCUUGUGAGUGUUCUGAAACUAAUAUGCACUGCUUGACCGCACUAUUUUUAAAGAGGCGUGGGGAAGCAUGGAGGCAAAGAACAUUAUCUCUUUCAGGUCAUGGUGGCAGGUGGGUGGCUGGUUGAAGAUGCAGUGGGAGAAGGCUGAUCCCCAAAAUUUGCCACCUGACACAGCCAUUUCAGAUCACCUCAUUACAAGAGCCUUCUCCAAAGGUGUUGCCUUUAAGACCUAACUGUUACCACCUCAAAUGACUUCCAUCAAGUGCUGGACUCUACUCCUGUUGUUCAGUUGUGGGAAGGAGAAGUUUAGGAACAAGGGCUGUUCAAUUCUACCUGAUUUUUAAAAAAUUCUUUUAAUGAUGUGGAGAUUUUCAGUCUAAAUCUUAUAUGUUUCUUUGAAGGAAGAUGCUCUUUCAUCUUUGAAAGAAGUCGCCUGCUAUCUUAUUGGGCUGAGCUGGUUCAUCAGAACUUGUACUAGUUCUCCGUAAUCAAAUUGUCAAGUCAAACUUUCACAAAUCUUUUUGUCAAACUGUUGUAUAGAUGAAGCUGUAUUUGAGUUGCCACUGUUCAUCUACAUACUCAAAAUAUGAAUCAUAAUAGAGUACCUUGAGUGUGUAGAGUGUGACUGUUCUAUGAUAGCUUUAUGAUCCUGUUAACUUUUAAAGACUAAAUGAAGUUGGUUCUUCCAUGUUACAAUCACAAAUUUAAAAACCAGUAUUUAAAAAUGAAAAGUAUUAAAAUAUAUUACAAACAAAUUAA